AGAUACAAGUGCUGCAUGCCCAUUAGCAGUCAAAGGCUGACUGAAGGAGGACGCCACACUAGAACAAGUCAGGUCAUCCAGCAGGUCAUCAUGGGUCAGCAGUCAUCCAAGGGGGUGAGAGCCCACAUGGAAACGGCCGCAAAGACUGGCGCGCUGGUCUUGUCCGACAGAAAACUGACUGAGCUUCCAGACCUGUCCGCCUUAAACAAGGUGCUGCGGACCCUUGAUCUCUCCACCAACAGGCUGAGAGAACUCCCUUCUUCUGUGUGUGACCUCUCCAGCCUCAGACACCUGAAUCUAAAUGCAAACAGAAUUGAAACCUUUCCAGAUGAAAUAGGAAGACUCACCAAACUGGAGUCAAUAUCUGUUGUGUCCAAUCUGCUCAUCUCCCUUCCUGUGUCUAUGUCACAACUCAAGCACCUCAAGUCUGUCAUACUAAGUGACAAUAAGAUAACAGAGUUCCCCAUCAUGCUGUGUGGUCUGGCACAGCUGGAUGUAGUUGAUUUGAGUGGCAACCAGAUCACCAGUGUCCCUGAUGGAAUAGAGACCUUGCAAGCAGUUGAAGUGAACCUUAACAUGAAUCAGAUUUCCACAAUAUCACCUUCCUUGGCUGCCUGUCCACGUCUCAAGACUCUUCGCCUUGAGGAAAACUGUCUCGUCAUCAGCAGUAUUCCCGAGGAGCUGCUGCUGGAGUCCCAGGUCUCCCUCCUUUGUGUUGAUGGAAACUUGUUUAAGAUGAAGGAGUUUGAGGAAAUUCCUGCAUACUCUAAAUACAUGGAGAGAUACACAGCUGUCAAGAAGAAAAUUUUUUAGACAUGCUGGUGCCUCAACCAUUUAUGAUUUAGAAACUUCAGAAAGAAGGCUCAAGCUAUUUAUUAAUGAGGUAGGUUAGGAGAUGUGUAAGUAAGUCACGGUUAGUUAGCAACAUAUAGCAAAGCAGGUGUGUAAAGGCUAAAUGUUCAUCACCACACAGUCUUCACUCUUUUAUAACAUCAUAACAUGAAAUCUUGCCAAUGGAAUGUGCCUAAAAAAUAAUAGUAAAAUAUUUUGAGAGUGAUAUAUGACUGCCCUUUUUUCUGUUUGAUAAGU